UAUUCGCUUUGUUAAAUUAUGUUCAAUUUAAACAUACAUAAAAAUAAAACGUACAUAAGCUGCAUAUAGUCAAUAUUGUUUCCAGUUUGCAUAGAACCGACUUCAGACAACUAUGUUAUGGAGGGGUGUAAUUUAUCUAUUGGCGAUACAAGUGAUCACCGUUUACAGCGAGAGGCGUAUAGCGCCCGACGAGAGUGUAUGUGGAACUGAUGACAGGACUUAUCCGAGCGAAGCUGCUCUGAAAGCAGCUCAACGGCUGAUGCCAGGACUACGAAUACAAUACUAUUAUGCGUGUUUAUCUCCAAAAUACCCGGUUAUUAAGCCUGAUGAACCAAAGGAGUAUAGCCAUUCUCACAUACGUUAUGUGGAACCGCGUAAUGAUUAUCAAAGUUCUAAAGCCUUACCUUAUGACAGAUUGAAUGCGGCAGGCCCAAAAAGAAGAUGUUUGAGUUGCAUAUCUAAAGUCAUUGGCGGUAUCGUAAACGGCGUUGAUAAUAUCUUCGAUAUAAACAACAACCUAAACAACAUAAAUAAUAUUAAUAACAAUCAAAACAAUAUUAUUAAUGAAAAUAUCAAUCAGAAUAAUAUAAUCAAUGAAAACAUCAAUAACAAUAACUUCCAUAAUCAAAACAACAAUAAUCAUAAUUUCUAUUAUAAUAGAAAUAAGGGACAAAGACGUAGCGGCCGAGACGGAUCUUCUGGUAAUAGACGAUGUUUAGGUUGCAUAACAAAUAUCAUAGACGAUAUAAUUGGAGGCAAUGAACAAAAAGUCACUAAGUACGAUCCCGAUAGCUACCAUUUCAUUAACAACAACAAUAAUAUGAAUAAUUUAGUUAAUCACAACCAAAAUCAAAACAACAUACAUAAUCACAACGUGAAUGAAAACAACAUUUUCAAUCAAAAUACUAAUCAAAAUAACUUCAAUAAUCAAAACUUAAAUAAUCAAAACUUAAAUAAUCAAAACUUCAAUAAUCAAAACUUCAAUAAUCAAAACCUCAAUAAUCAAAACUACAAUAAUCAUAAUUUCUAUUAUAAUAGAGAUAGACAGAGACGUAGCGGCCGAGACGGAUCUUCUGGUAAUAGACGAUGUUUAGGUUGCAUAACAAAUAUCAUAGACGAUAUAAUUGGAGGGAAUGAACAAAAAGUCACUAAGUACGAUCCCGAUAGCUACCAUUUCAUUAACAACAAUAAUAUGAAUAAUUUAGUUAAUCACAACCAAAAUCAAAACAACAUCCAUAAUCACAACGUGAAUGAAAACAAUAUGUUCAAUCAAAAUAUUAAUCAGAAUAACUUCAAUAAUCAAAACUUUAAUAAUCAAAUCUUUAAUAAUCAAAACUUCAAUCAUCCAAAUUUUAACAACGGCAACUACAAUGAGCAGAACAUUAAUGAGCAAAACUAUCACGAGCAAAACUCCAAUAGUAAAGAUUUCCAUAGUAAAACGUCCAAUCAGAAAGAAUUCAAUAAUAACAACGGUAAUCAUUGGGGCGGUUGGAACGGUAAUAAUUGGGGUGGUUGGAAUGGUAAUGGCGGUGCAGGCGGUGGCGGAGGUGGUGGAAACAGCAAUUGGGGAGGAGGCGGAGGUGAUGGAAACACAAACAUCAUCUGGGGAGGAGGGGGCGGCGGAAGUGGUGGAAACACGAAUAUCAACUGGGGAGGAGGCGGAGGUGGUGGCGGAAACAUGGGCCUAUUAGUAAACAGCUGGAACGGUAACAUGGGCGAGGGCGGUGGUGGGGGAAGCCUAGGCAUAUUAGUAAAUGAUUUGAAUAGCAACUUGGGAGGGGGCGGAGGUGUAGUAGUGAAUAAUUUGAACAGCAACAUGGGAGGUGGCGGAAGUGUAGGCCUAUUAGUAAACGAUUUGAACAGCCAAUUGGGAGGAGGCGGAAGUAGUGGUGGAAACGUAGUACUAAUCAAUGGUUUGAACGGCAAAUCGGGAGGGGGCGGAAGUUUACUAGUUAAUGAUUUGAUCACCAACUUGGGAGGUGGCAGAGGCCUUCUAGUCAAUAAUUUGAACGCAAACUCGAUCGAUGGCGGAAGCGGAGGCCUACUAAUCAAUGAUCUGAACACCAACGCGGGAGGGGGCGGAGGUGGAAACCUACUAGUAAAUAAUUUGAAUGGCAACUUGGGAGGGGGCGGAAACUCAGCUAUAUUGAUCAAUGGUUUGAACGACAAUAAGGGUGGUGGCGGAAGCGUAGGCCCAAUAGUCAAUAAUUUGAAUGGCAACUUCGGAGGAGGCGGCGGAAGUAACCUGAACUUUUACAAGGAGCAGAACUAUAACGAGCAAGACUUCCACGAGCAAAACUCCAGUAGUAAAGAUUUCCACAGUAAAAACUCCAAUCAGAAGCAAUUUAACAACAACAACGGUCAAAACUGGGGUGGUUUUACAGGCAGUAAAGACAGCGAUGGAGGUGUUGUAAGUGUUGUUGGUGGCGGUAAGAACAGUCGCAAAACUCGCCGAGGAUGCAACAAUUACACAGUACUGUACAACGAUUGCUAUGGCAAGUCAAGUGGUAGCUAUGGUGGCGGAGUUCUCAGUUACAACAGCGCUUAUGACGGCAACAGCGGCGGUCAUGGGAAUUACGUCAGUUAUGGCAGUUACGGUAGCUAUGACACUGGCAGGAGAUCUCCCAGCCGACCGAAAUCUCAUCAACAUGUGCAUGUUUAAAUUAAAUACGAUAUUACAUGAUGUAUUUUGCCAAAAGGGCACAAUUUUAAUAAUACCUUAUUUAUGAUAUUUUGAUCACGCAUAUCGUGUUUUAAGUAUUCAUUUUUGGCAAAUUAAUAAUAUGCGCAUACAAGUAGGAUAGGAUUAAAGUUUUCUAAAUAUUAUA